ACGAAAGUAAAUGGCAAACUGCCAGCUCGAAUCCUCAUUUCGGCCCCGGCUGGACGAGGGAAGACCACGGCUGUUGCGAAGAUGGCUUAUGACUGGGUUCAUAGAGAAAAGGGGUCAGCAUUAGAACACCUGCCACUGUUGUUUGUUGUGAAAUUCCGAAACACAAGUCAGCUUACAUCGAUCGGAGAAGCCAUCAAAUCACAGCUUUUGAGUGAUGUUCAUGAUCUCACGCCAGAGGGUCUGGAGAGUUUCAUCAGAAAGAACCAGGGCAUCUGCCACAUAAUACUAGACGGACUAGAUGAAUAUGCGGGUAUUUCUUCUUCACAGCGAAGCUCAGAGAGCAAUAUUAUGAAGGUCAUCUGUUUGGAGGAAUUUCCAGAGUGUCGAGUCCUUGUAACAACACGCCCUCACCUAGAGAACUUCUUCGAUCAAGAUGAUCUUCCGAGGGUAUACACAAAGAUGUGGAUCGAAGGAUUCUCGCGAGAGAGCUCAUGCGAGUACAUCAACAAGUUCUUUGCUUCGACUUCGAUUCCUGAUAGAGGGCGUGAUCUGGAGGUUUACCUUGAUGAACAACCACUUAUUGAUGAACUUGUCAAGACACCUCUAUUUUGUCUCAUGAUAUGUCACGUAUGGAGUGAGGGCCUACUGGACAGUGGUACUACAACUCAAACAGGAUUGCUGGACAAGGUGAAUGUUUUUCUAAUGCACUAUGCAAACGAGCGAUCGAAGUCAAGUGUUAAAAUCACACAAGAAAAGUUAAAGGAAGUAAUUCAUCAAUUAGGCGAAGUUGCCCUUACUGGCCUUCUCGACGAUGCCAAACAACUAGUCUUCACGCCUCAUGAUUUCCGUAAAGUUCCCGCAACCCUUGAUGUGGCAUGUGAGCUUGGGAUAGUAUCCAAGACAACUGGUAACAUCACGCGACUUCCUCAGUCCAACGAGACCACUUCCACUACCAUUGAGUUUUAUCACAAACUCGCCCAAGAACACUCCGCCGGGAAAUUCCUCGCUGAUCAAACAAACCGCUUUCUGUUACAUUUAAAGAUUUCCAAAUUGGACAGAGUACUGCGCAAGAUAAAAGCAAACAUAUGUGACUACGAGAAUCUUAUCCGAUUCGCUGCUGGCACUGACAACAUUCUCUGUAUACGAAUAAUGAAGGCGCUCCUUAAAAACAGCUUUUUGGAUGAGAGCGAGCGAUAUCGCAUUCUCCUUGACUGCUCAUCAGAGACUAAGGGUACUCAAGGAAACGUGUCUUCAUUGGUUCAAAGAUGUGUGAAUGCAGAGAGUAUUGUUCUGAAGUCACCGACUGUCUACACCGUCGUUGGGAUGCAAAAUCUUCCAAAGCAACUUAAACGUCAGGUUAUGACUAUAAAGUUCGAGGGAUCUACUUUGACUACCGACGUGACGAGUGGACUAUGGUGUUGCCUGGAAUCAUUUUCGAUGCUACGUGCUCUGACCAUCUCAGACUCCUCUCUCAGUUUCCACCCAUCUACCCAUGAGAUUCCAUCCGUCGAAAAGCUAUCAGCCGAGAGAGUGACGUCACAAAGCUACGAAGGUCUGCUCUCAUCGCUCCCUGGCUUGAUACAUAUCGAUAUCACUAUCGAUGAUGCAGAGAAAGACAUACCUCAGAUCACGGCUUGUCUUCGUCGGACCGGAGGACAGCAGCUCACACACAUCGACCUUACAGCACCGCCAUCACUCCCAUCAGAGAAGCAGAGUGUAUCGAGAGAGACAGUUAGAGAACUGGGUCUUCUGAUCAGAGAACAAACCAAGGACCUGCAGCGGCUUUGUCUGUUCGGAGUGAAGUGCUUGGACGAAGAAGACUUGGUUGAACUUGUCGAGUCGUCAACUUUGAAAGCAUUGGAUAGUCUGCAUUUACAAUCUCUUGAUGGCAGAUGUUUCGAAUACGAUCGAGAAUCGGGUUUCCAGGUAAGCAAAUAUCUUAAACUAAUAAUAUACGAGUACAAAUAUUUAGGAAAGAAAUUUAAUAUUUGCGCCUGACGGGAAAACGCAAAUAUUAUU